GGCCUUAAGCCCUUGUUUGUUGGUUUUUAUGGGCUUUGUCCGCUGAGAAGGACGAGAGAGUUUCAGUCAGUUCUCCCAAUCAAACACAUAAGAUUUUGAUUGAAAACUUCUUUACUCUUUAGUUGAAUCUGUUACUUUUUUUUAGAUUGUCCAUUCCUUCAUCCAUCCUUACAGGAAAGCAGCGGAGAAGAAGGGAUUUAUUUAUAUAUAAAAACGAGAGAGAACCCAAGAUUUAUCUGUUUGUUUCUGAUUUGAUGGAUCUACAGAUCUAACGCUUUCAGAACCACAUGGACUGAUUCGCUUUUCAGAUCUCUAUCGCCUUCAUUUGUAAAGCCGAGUAACUGGUCAGAAGCAAGGAAGGAAAAAAAAAAGUUGAAGACGACGCGAAGGAGGAGAAGGGAGGCAGCAGAAGGAUUUUUAUUCAUUUGGACACGAUUGAAUUGGUGUUGUACAUCCAAAUCCUGUUUGGAUGUGGAGAAAUUGGAGGUUGGUUUGGGGGAAAUGAGGGAUGUUAUCGGGGUUGAUGAACUUUUUGAGGGCCUGUUGGCGGCCGUCUUCGGAUCGUUAUGUUCACGCUGGCUCGGAUGCUGUGGGGAGACAAGACGGGCUUCUCUGGUACAAAGAUAGUGGGCAGCAUCUUAAUGGCGAAUUCUCCAUGGCUGUUGUUCAGGCCAACAAUUUGCUCGAAGAUCAGAGUCAGAUUGAGUCAGGCUCAUUGAGCUCACUGGAGUCUGGCCCCUAUGGAACUUUUGUUGGGAUAUAUGAUGGCCACGGCGGGCCUGAGACUGCACGCUACAUCAACGAUCACCUUUUCCACCAUCUUAAAAGAUUUACUUCUGAGCAGCAGGCCAUGUCAGUGGACGUAAUAAGGAAAGCAUUUCAAGCAACUGAAGAAGGGUUUUUCUCUCUUGUUACCAAACAAUGGCCAAUGAAACCACAAAUUGCAGCUGUUGGAUCUUGCUGCUUGGUUGGUGUGAUAUGCAGUGGCACCCUCUAUAUCGCCAAUCUUGGUGAUUCUCGUGCUGUUUUAGGGAGGCUAGUAAAAGCAACUGGGGAGGUCUUAUCCGUCCAGCUGUCGGCGGAGCAUAAUGCAAGUAUAGAGUCUGUAAGACAGGAGCUGCAUUCUCUGCAUCCUGAUGAUUCACAGAUUGUGGUUUUGAAGCAUAACGUAUGGCGUGUGAAGGGGCUCAUACAGAUUUCUAGAUCUAUUGGUGAUGUAUACUUAAAGAAGGCUGAAUUUAAUAGGGAGCCUUUGUAUGCCAAGUUCCGCCUUCGCGAACCUUUCAGAAGGCCUAUUUUGAGCUCGGAACCAUCAAUAUCCGUGCAUCAACUUCAGCAAAAUGAUCAAUUUCUUAUAUUUGCAUCUGAUGGACUUUGGGAGCACCUAAGCAACCAGGAAGCGGUUGAUAUAGUUCAAAAUAAUCCUCGCAGUGGAAGUGCUAGGAGGCUGGUGAAAACGGCAUUGCAAGAAGCAGCAAAGAAAAGAGAAAUGAGAUACUCAGACUUGAAGAAGAUUGACCGUGGUGUACGGCGUCAUUUCCAUGAUGACAUUACAGUUGUAGUUGUGUUUUUGGACUCAAACCUUGUGAGUAGGGCGAGUUGUGUCAAGGGUCCCGUAUUGUCUUUAAGAGGGGGUGAGAUCAAUCUUCCUGCCAACUCUCUUGCCCCUUGUGCCACACCUGUCGAACUUGGACCGACUUAAUGGAUGAAGCUGGCUCUUGUGUUUGCUUUGUUGUACUAAUACUGGACUUUACUUGAAUCUGUGAUUAUCAGUUAGUAUCUAAGAAAGAUGAGCAGGUCUUCAAUUCUUUGAUAUACAAUGUAACUUUUAGCUUGAGGACAGGUACAUUUAGUUUUAGUACCUUAAAGGUAUAUAACAGGAAAAACCAAAAGAAACUAGGGCGGGCAGGAAUGAGGACUUCAAGGUGACAAAAUUGAAUUAUUUCGGGAAGUGCAGUUCUUCUUACUCAUCUUUCUUCGUUUGUCUGGGAACUUAGGCUUUUGUAAAUUGUGUGAAACAACAUCUCGGCCAUCCAAAGUAUAUCUUUCUCUUUUGAGAUAGUUUA